CUUUCAUAUUUAUUUUUUUAUUAUAAUGGUAAUCCGAUUCAUUUUAUGCCUGUGUUUUAUUAUAAGCGUAUUCGCACUGCCACCCAAUGAUUCGAGUGGAAGUGAAGAAAGAGAUGCCAGUGAUUAUUUGGGAACAAUCGAGAAUGCAGAAGAUUCAUCAAGAAUAUUCCACGGGAAAAAAUCCAAUAUAAAGAACCACAGCUAUACGUUGGCAUUAUUGACAAAAAGUAAAGAUCUGAUUGGAGGUGCCGUGCUUAUAAAGAAAAAUUGGGCGAUAACAGCAGCCUGGAAUGUCAAUAAAGUCAAGCCAUCAGAUUUAGUAAUCAAAAGCUACAGUAAUAACUGCUUAAAAAAUGGGCACACAUCAUAUGUUACUAAAAUUAUCGUUCACGAUAACUACAAUGGCUGGGAAAGCAAUGUUGCAUUACUCAAAAUAGGAAAGAAUAAAAUGAAAAAGGAAAAGACAAUUGAAAUUGGUAACAGUCUCCCAGAAGAAGGCAGCAAUGUUACAAUAAUCGGAUGGGGAAGUGAAGAUGGAGAAAAAAAGUCUGAUGGAAUUGCUCGGGAAGGAGAGGCUGAAUUUCUGAGUUAUGGUUCGUGCUCAGCAUACUACAGUCCACAGGAAAACUUUUCCAAUUCAAGUUUCUGUACAAAAAAUUCAGAGAGCUUUGGACCUUGCUACAUGGACUACGGAAGCCCGGUCGUUUAUGAUAAAUAUCUGGUGGGAUUGUUUUCUGGAUCACUGAGCUGUUCAGAUCCCAAAUAUCCAGCCGUGCAUGUCGACUUGACGCAGUACAAAGAUUGGGUGGAGAAGAAAACACGCUAAAAGCCUAGAAAUAAUGGCGGUGAUUCGACAAUAAAACGAAUAAAUUAUUAUAUUGAGAUAUUGAAAAGAUAAAUACGAGGAUUUCAUCAACUCUAAAUGCAAAACUAUGUCCUUUUGGGCAACAGCAUUAGCCUGUACUUGAAAAUUAUAUCAGUAUCGAUUUGCUUUCACUAACAAUUUAAAUGUUGCCAAACAUUCUUCAAGUCACGUUAUCAUUGACUUAAAGAAAAUCACAAUGAAAUGAGAAUAUUGUGUUUUAUUCACAAAACAGAUUUCCAUUCUUCAGUAACAGGCUAUGGUAUAUGAAAAAUAUUUUGUUAAUAUUGAUGGUUUAUGAAUAUUUCUCAUAGAAUAAAAAUUAUCUAAAAUUUGAAAAUA